CUCACAGGAGAGAGCGAAAGCAGGAGAGGGCGGGAGAGCUGGGAAGAGGAGGGGGAAAAGAGAGAGAGAGUGAGAGAGGGAGGGAGAGAGCAAAGGGAGGAAGGAGGGAGAAGAGAUUCAGUUCCAGACACAGCAGUAGCUGUUCGUGGCAGAGCCGACUCAGACUCCCAUCCCAGGCUGCACAUAGUCUGACUGACUGCCUCAUUCUCCUCCGCUAAGAGGAAAGAACCGCAACCAGAACAGAGGCAGCAGCAGCCAGCUGCAGCUGCAAGCUCCUACUUCUUUCCCUGUCAGUUCCUCCCCCUCUUCAGCUCCCAGCCCGCAGCUAUUUCCUUCUUCCAACCUCCUUAGGAUCACUGGCUCAUUUUCCUUUCUCACCUCUCUCCUAUAUUCCCUCCCACCCCUAUCCCACCUUUUCUUGUCUCUCCUUGCAUCCCCAUCUCCAUCUCCCCUCCCUCUCUUUCUCUUUCCUUUCCUUUCCUUUCCUUUUUCUUUUUAAUUGCUGUUUUCGUCCGGUCUCGAGAUAAGUGCUAUCUUCUGUAAUCCAACAGCAUUUCAGCCCUAAAAACUGAAAAGGGAGUUUCUGUUUUUCCCUAGUGACAUUAUUAUCAGUUAUCUUUUUUUUUUUUAAUCCAAAAGUGUAAAUCAAGAAGAGAACCUGGGAUCUGAUCAGCAGACUUAAAGCUCAAGACUAGUACCAUAAUAGUAGCUGUUAUUGUUCUUUUUUUAUUAUUACUUAUUUUAUUUAAGAGGGAGGGAGGAACAAGAAAACUUCAGCCAUCACCGGUGGUUAGUGACUAUUAUUGCUUCCGAGGAAAGUGAAAGCCCUAAGGAAAAGGGAACCGAGAAAGAAUUGGAGAAAAAGGAUCUGCGUUUCUCGUCGUAACCGCAACAGCAGAGGCAAAAGGACAGAGAGCUGUGCGCUGUAGCAGCUGGAGGAAAGAGGCGAGAGGAUGCGGGGCUAUGAGCCCCGGGCUGCGGGGCGGCGGCGGCGGCGUCUCUCCAGCGGCUGCGGUGAGGUUGGUCACGGCGGUGGUGGGAAUUGCAACUCCUCCUCGACCACAGCGUCUUUGGCCGGGUGCUGCUCUGCUCCCAAGCGAGCUCCUCUUUGGACUUGUCUCUUACUCUGUGCGGCACUCCGGACUCUCCUCGCCAGCCCAAGCAAUGAAGUGAAUUUGCUAGACUCACGCACGGUAAUGGGGGACCUGGGAUGGAUUGCUUACCCAAAAAAUGGAUGGGAAGAGAUUGGAGAAGUGGAUGAGAAUUAUGCCCCAAUACACACCUAUCAAGUAUGCAAAGUUAUGGAACAGAGUCAGAAUAACUGGCUUCUGACCAGUUGGAUCUCUAAUGAAGGUGCUUCCAGAAUAUUCAUAGAACUCAAAUUUACUCUGAGAGACUGUAAUAGCCUUCCAGGAGGACUUGGGACCUGCAAGGAGACUUUUAAUAUGUAUUAUUUUGAAUCAGAUAAUGAAGAUGGGAGGAAUAUCAAAGAAAACCAGUAUAUCAAGAUAGAUACAAUUGCUGCAGAUGAAAGUUUUACUGAACUGGACCUUGGUGACCGAGUCAUGAAACUUAAUACAGAAGUCAGAGAUGUUGGGCCUCUGACCAAAAAAGGAUUUUAUCUUGCCUUCCAAGAUGUGGGUGCCUGCAUUGCUCUAGUAUCAGUUCGUGUGUACUACAAGAAGUGUCCUUCUGUGGUUCGAAACUUGGCCCUCUUUCCAGACACAAUCACUGGAGCAGAUUCUUCUCAAUUGCUAGAAGUGUCAGGCUCUUGUGUCAACCAUUCUGUGACUGAUGAACCACCUAAGAUGCAUUGCAGUGCAGAAGGGGAAUGGUUGGUUCCAAUUGGGAAAUGCAUGUGCAAAGCAGGGUAUGAGGAGAAAAAUGGCACCUGUCAAGUGUGCAAACCUGGAUUCUUCAAAGCUUCACCUCAGAGCCAGAGCUGCAGCAAGUGUCCACCUCACAGUUAUACUCAUGAAGAAGCUUCGACCUCUUGUCUCUGUGAAAAGGAUUAUUUCAGGAGGGAGUCUGACCCACCUACAAUGGCAUGUACAAGACCCCCCUCAGCUCCUCGGAAUGCCAUCUCAAAUGUUAACGAAACUAGUGUCUUUCUGGAAUGGAUUCCUCCUGCUGACACUGGUGGAAGGAAAGAUGUGUCAUAUUAUAUUGCAUGCAAGAAGUGCAACUCCCAUGCAGGUGUGUGUGAGGAGUGUGGAGGUCAUGUCAGGUACCUCCCCCGUCAAAUCGGCCUGAAAAACACCUCUGUCAUGAUGGUGGAUCUCCUCGCUCACACAAACUAUACCUUUGAGAUUGAGGCAGUGAAUGGAGUGUCCGACUUGAGCCCAGGAGCCCGGCAGUAUGUGUCUGUAAAUGUAACCACAAAUCAAGCAGCACCUUCUCCUGUCACUAAUGUGAAAAAAGGAAAGAUUGCCAAAAAUAGCAUCUCUUUGUCUUGGCAAGAGCCAGAUCGUCCCAACGGAAUAAUCCUGGAGUAUGAAAUCAAAUAUUUUGAAAAGGAUCAAGAGACCAGCUACACAAUUAUCAAAUCUAAAGAAACAACUAUUACUGCUGAUGGCUUGAAACCAGCUUCUGUGUAUGUCUUCCAAAUCAGAGCGCGCACAGCAGCAGGCUAUGGUGUCUUCAGUCGAAGAUUUGAGUUUGAAACCAUCCCAGUGUCAAUCGCAGCCUCUAGUGAUCAAAGCCAGAUUCCUAUAAUUGCUGUAUCUGUUACAGUGGGAGUCAUUUUGUUGGCUGUGGUUAUUGGUUUCCUCCUCAGUGGAAGUUGCUGUGAAUGUGGCUGUGACAGGGCUUCUUCCCUGUGCGCUGUUGCCCAUCCAAGCCUAAUAUGGAGGUGUGGCUACAGCAAAGCAAAACAAGACCCAGAAGAGGAAAAAAUGCAUUUUCACAAUGGGCACAUUAAACUACCAGGAGUAAGAACUUAUAUAGAUCCACAUACCUAUGAGGACCCUAAUCAAGCUGUCCAUGAAUUUGCCAAGGAGAUAGAAGCUUCAUGUAUUACCAUUGAAAGAGUUAUUGGAGCAGGUGAAUUUGGUGAAGUCUGCAGUGGACGUCUAAAAUUACCAGGAAAAAGAGAAUUCCCUGUGGCUAUAAAAACCCUAAAAGUGGGUUAUACUGAGAAACAACGGAGAGAUUUUCUUGGGGAAGCAAGUAUCAUGGGGCAGUUUGAUCAUCCUAACAUCAUCCAUUUGGAAGGCGUUGUGACAAAAAGUAAGCCUGUAAUGAUAGUGACAGAAUAUAUGGAGAAUGGCUCUUUAGAUACAUUUUUAAAGAAAAAUGAUGGACAAUUUACUGUAAUUCAGCUAGUAGGAAUGCUGAGGGGCAUUGCCUCGGGAAUGAAGUACCUUUCUGACAUGGGUUAUGUGCAUAGGGAUCUUGCAGCCAGAAACAUCUUAAUCAACAGUAACCUGGUAUGCAAAGUGUCUGAUUUUGGACUUUCUAGAGUACUCGAAGAUGAUCCUGAAGCAGCAUAUACCACACGGGGAGGAAAAAUCCCAAUCAGAUGGACUGCCCCUGAAGCCAUCGCUUUCCGCAAAUUUACCUCAGCCAGUGAUGUCUGGAGUUAUGGAAUUGUGAUGUGGGAAGUGGUUUCCUAUGGAGAAAGACCGUACUGGGAAAUGACCAAUCAGGAUGUAAUCAAAGCUGUUGAAGAAGGAUACCGUCUGCCAAGUCCCAUGGACUGCCCUGCUGCUCUUUACCAGUUAAUGCUGGAUUGCUGGCAGAAAGACCGAAACAGCAGACCCAAGUUUGAUGAAAUUGUCAGCAUGUUGGACAAGCUCAUCCGUAAUCCAAGCAGCUUAAAGACACUGGUUAAUGCAUCAAGCAGAGUGUCAAACUUACUGGCAGAACAUGGUCCUCUAGGCACUGGGGCCUACAGAUCAGUAGGUGAAUGGCUGGAAGCCAUCAAAAUGGGACGGUAUACAGAGAUUUUCAUGGAAAAUGGAUACAGUUCAAUGGAUGCUGUGGCUCAGGUGACCUUGGAGGAUUUGAGACGUCUGGGAGUGACUCUUGUCGGUCACCAGAAGAAGAUAAUGAACAGCCUUCAAGAAAUGAAGGUCCAGCUGGUAAACGGAAUGGUGCCAUUGUAACUCUGUUUUGAUGUCACUUCCUUAAGUGAUUAAUUCUGCACUUUGUAAACUGUGUGAGAUUUAUUUUAACUAAAAAGUAAAAGAAAAAAAGAAAACAAUGUUUUCAUAAGCUAUGGCAAACAAGGACCUUAGCUACAAAAUUUUUAACCAGUAUUUGAUGAAAAAUUUUCUUCAUUUUCUUCUGUCUUCAUUUUUCAUGAAGUAAAAAUGCAACAUUCAUAAAAUAAGGAAAUGGAUAUACUAUAGUUAGGUUAUCCAUUUUCUUAUGCUUCUGCAAAAACAAAAUCCUUCCCACAACACUUUGUAUAUGUAAUAUAAAUAUAUAUACAUAUAUAUUAUAAUGCACCUUUAUAUCAUGAAUUAUGGCAGCACAUGUUAAUACUUCCAGUGACUUACUUGAAUGGAAAUAAUUUUGUGGCCAUUUGUGGGCUAACAAAAGCUGCAGUUUACGGAAGUUUACUUCAAGUCUUAAUUGUCUACAAAAGUGUAUUGAAGAGCAAUAUGAUUAGAUUAUUUCUUAAUAGAUAUGUUGUUUUAUAAAUUUAAAAUGCUGUUACACAGCAUUAAGUUAUAGAGACUAGUGUAUAAACAUAUUGCUUGAUUAAUGCAAAUACAAUACAGGGUGUAUAUUUAUUUUUCUGUGUUAUAAAAUUGCAUUUAGUUUGCUCUUCUGGAGAUUAUUGCUGAAAAUGUCUGUAUAUUAUGUACAGUUUGCUACGUACCCAGGUACAUGUUUGGAUUGGGAUGGGGGGUGAUAAUAGGGAUUCUGUGUACAAUAUAAUCUGCUCAUAUUUUUGCCAUUAUUUGGAUUCUAGCAACAUAGAAGAAUGAGUUUUAGGCAUUUAGAAUGCAUAUAAGAGAAGCAAGAGUACAACUAAGAAUGAAACAAGUUUGUCUUUUCCCCUUUCUCUCCAUGUGUCCAAAUGGCAUUAAAUUUCUCUAUCCACUCACAGAAAAUGUCUGUAAGAUUAAAUCCCCUUUGGCUUUUUAAAAAACACUUUGUGAUAUCUGUGACAAUGCAGUUUUUCAGCCAUUAAUCUUACUCUACCAUAAGAAAUUUCACCUUUUGGAAUCACUGAAAAUAUCUUGUCAGGAAAAGUUGACACCAAAGGGCACAUUGUCAGUGGGAUGUAGAGAGAUUUAACUGUGCGAGUUCCCAUUAAUGUUGUUAAAUCCAUGGGCACAGCACUAAGCAUUUACCCCUAAGUGUUAAUCCUUUGUAAGCAGUGCCAUUGUGCCUCUGCUACAGUAAUUUUGAUAUAAAGGCAGCCCUGAGAUGACAACUAGCAUAUAUUUUGCUCCAGGAUUUCCUUUGACCUGUCUUCCAAAAAUAUCUAUUGGUAAAUAAUUGGUUAUUCAUAUCAUAACUCCAACUCUGAUUCAGUGAUGUGAUAAUGAUGCUUUGGGGAAUGGAGUUCUGCAGAGGUUGUAUACAUUAAAAUACUUAAUUUUGUUAAAAAUAUUCAGUGUUAUUUCAAAGGCAAGAAGAAAAUGUCAAAUGUAUUAAUCCAAGAAACUACAUCUGGUGAUGACUGGCAAUAGCAGGUUCAAAAUAAUGUAUGAUGGUGUUGGUAAAAAAAAAAAAAAACUUUGAAAGGGUGAUGAUGUAAACUGACUUAGCUAAAGGCUUAUAUAUUUCAAUUUGUUUCAUGGCUGAUCAUAUCAUUACAUUACUGGAAGUCUUCUAUACAUGUAAGGAAGACAGAAUGGAUCUGAGAUAUACCCAACUCUUGAUAAUGCAUUGCAAAUAAAAAUAGACUAGCUUGAAUAUGUGACACCCAAAGAGAAUACAAGACUCUCAUUUCUAUAAACAUUUGUUUCUUUCUCAAUUUGGACACUAGGGGAAAAAACAGAAUGAGACAUUUAAUGGCAUUUUUUUAUUCCCACCUUAUUAUUUACUGUCUCCUUAAAAUGUUCUGAAUUGAUGACGUGGACAAUUGGCAGGAAGAAAAGAGAGAAAAUACAUUAGCCCUAAAUCAUUUUCAAAUGGAUGACUCAAUAACUUUAAUGAUCAAGAGUUAACUGUAUGAUAUUUCCAAAUUAACUGUUGCUCUGUUUAUACUCCUGGACACUAAAGGAAAGUCUUCAAAAGUUUUUUGUAUUAUUUUUUUCUGGAAAUAUUGAUGAUAUUUUAUAGUCACUAAAAUUAUUGUUUUAGUUUAUCCAUUUCAAUUGAGGAAAUGAAAUUUGAACAAUGCUUUUUUAAACAAUUGGAAUUCUAAUUCUGUUGGACUAGGUGAAGAAGGAAGCAAUUGAGAAAAUUUGUGUCUCUGUUAAAAGUAAUAGCUUUAUAGUUCUUAAAAAGAUCCAGUUAAUUUAAUUAAUUAAAAGGACAGAUGAACAAAUACUUUGGAAACAGAGCUUAAUUUCCUAUUUGAAGCUGAGAUAACUUCAUUCGAUUAAAAAACAAAUCUCAAAUGGAGAGAAACAAGAUGGGAAUGUCAUGGGUAAUAAUUAAAAUUUAUUAAGUCAUAUAUAUAUAUAUAUAUGUAUACAUGUUUUCAUAUGUAUGUAUACAUGUCUGUGGGUGUAUAUAUUUUAGCAGAUUGUAUACACACACACAAAUUCAACUAAAAUAUGUCCUCCUUUUAUAUUCUUGAUAUUCAUUUAAACUAAUUUUUAGAGGAGGGAAUCUUAUGAGUGUUUUAAAAUACCCACUCAAAUAUCAAGUGAUUCCUGAGCUUUGAACAGAGUUUGUAAAAACUGUCAGUUUGGAUGGAAAGAAGAGAGAGAGGUUUUCAUCUUAAGUCUUAUGUAGUCAUAAAAGUAAAAACAAAUGUCUUACCAACACAUUUGUUACACCCCUGGACAUAUCACCAAUUGUAAAGGUGCCAAACUCAUCUAUAAAUGUGAGAAAUGGAUAAAAGAAAAGAGUUGAAUGGGCAGCUUUCAUGAAAUGCAGUGAGUCAGGAAGACCAGGAGAAAGUUUGACAAAUCUUGAUGGUGUGAUCCCUCAUCUUAUUGUUUCAAUUUGUCAGCCACCAGGCCAUCACAAAUAAAAAUGAAGUAUGAUAGUUUUAGCACAUAAAGGAGAUUUGUCAAAUAAUAAAUAACAUUAUUAGAGCUGUCAGUAGAAAAGCCUUUUGGGUAUUUGUAUCUUCCUAAUGGCCGGACUUUGUAAAGUAAUCACUAUGGGAAGGAGACAAGAACUCACAAUAUCUGUUGUCUCACAAUUACUACUCUGAUCAAUCAGAGCUUGAUUUUGACUUCUGCCUUUGGCUCAAAUGUAUUAUGACAUAUCUGAGUUGCUCUUUUUGAAUGGUAAAGCAUGUCAGUGUGUAUAUGAAAUGUAAGAGAUUGCGUUGUAUCUUUUCUGUUACUGUAUUUUUUCUUUGUAUUUCCACAAAAUAACUUGUCCUUGCUUACUGUACAUUAAAGUUAAAUAUGUAUUUCUAUAAUAGUGUUCUGUAAGUUAGGCAAUGCUGUGGGAAUUGGUUUUCCACUAAAUUUGUAAAACACAGAGUGGGUCAACCUUAACAACUGCAAUUAAUGAAAAGAAUUUUAGAGAAAAAGAAAAUGUCCUUUUCCCCCCUUAGAUCCAUGUAAAGAAAUUGCCUGACAGUUCUGGAUAUAAAAGAAUAAAAAGCAAAAUCAAAACCUCAGUUUUAUUUGGUCACUUAUGUAGCUACUAAGCCACUCAAUGUAUUAAUCAGAGAGGAAAAAAUGCUAAACAAUUUAAUUAAAUGGGACACAAGAAGCACAGGAUGAGAAACUUGCCUAUUAAAGGCAUUUUAAAGUAUUACCCAAUAUAAUACAAAGAAAAUAAAAAGAAGUUCAAUAUCAGGUCUUUGUCAUUUGCUAGGUAAACCUAGCAAAUGUUAAUGAUAUUUAUUCAUACUAAACAAAAAAAGAGGAAGCUAAGUACCAUAGUUAGCAGUCUUUUCUGUCAUCUUUGGCAGAUGCCUAAACUAAAAACAAAAUAAGUUUAUGUAAAAAAGUUAUGUAAAGUAAGAUAAUGAUGAAGUAUAAUAACCAGAAAUUAAAAUGUUAGCUUUACCUGAUGUGUAUCCCUAGAAUAAAUGAAAGCCAUUUCUUUUGUUUUCAUUAGGUUUGAAUAUUUUAAAUUCAACUCUAGUCUGGCUGGAUCCUUCUGUCCAGCAUAAUUUGCUGCUAUGGUAAUGUGUAAAAGUGUUUGGUAGAUAAAAAUACAGUUUUUCAUAGCAUUCUUAUUCAUUAAAGGAGAACUCUAAAAAUAACUAGUCUAAGGUUCUUGUUCAGGAUAACAUCUAGUUAUUGCUUUCAGAUGACAUCACAACAUAAAACAGAUGAGUGACAACAGUUUGAAAAUUUACUUAAUCAUAAAUAUUAACAAGAGGGAAAAUGAAGGUGGCGCGGAAAUGUGUAUUCAUUUAGUGUUGAUUAUUAAAAACAAACUGUAAAAGUCCCAUUGGUCAGGAAAUUGUGAAACUGUAAACUACUAUAGUUUUAUAAUUAGCCUUUAUUAUGUGACUUACAUAAAUAGCAACCUGUUACAUUUAGUCUCAGCCUUUUAUUAAUAUUUCAUCAGUAUCCUUUGGUGCCAUGCAGGUCAAAGGUUAUUCAGUCCAUAUUUUCAUAGUUUGUAUUAGCCAUUAGAAAAGCUCAAUUCCUUGCCUGAGAGUUUAACUUGUAGAAAACAUAGAUAUGGCAUUGCUGUAUUUCUUUUUUCUUUUUUUAGUUUGAUGUUCUGUGUGCAUUUUGUUUGUGUACAUGUUUUUGUAGUGUAAGAUAUGAAAUUUUCUAUUUUUUCAUAAAAAUAAAAAAAAUCUUUGAAUACAGUUAAA